GUUGGAAGGAAAGCAAGCAAUUAGUAACAUUUAAAAAACUUAACUUCCCUUCCCAUCCCUUCUCUUUCUCCGUUCCUUGAAAGAACCAACCGCCAACUCUCUCCCUCUCUGCCUUUUAUUAUCAACUACAAAGAAAAAAAAAGUUAUAUAAUAAUUCUGUCUCUUUGCAAUUUUAUUUCGGUCUUGCACAAGCAGAGGAAUUUUAUAGAGCUUGGAAGACGAAUUUUUUAAGGAUUUGGUUUUCAAUUAUUCGAAUGGCUGCUGCUGCUUCUGCUGCUUGUAGGCGUGUUGUGGGUUAUCAAUUUGGAAGCAAUUCAGGAGGUAUUGGUUUUGGUAGGGGAGGAUCUGGUGCUGUUUCUCCUUCAAAUUUGGGUUUGAUUUCUCAAAAUAGGAAUAUUUCUCAGCUUGUCAACUCUAAUGGCAGGAGAUUAUUUCUUGUUGAUACAUUAGCCCUCGUUAGAAGAUUGGAGUCGCAGGGUGUGCCUUUGAAGCAAGCUGAGGCGAUAACAGCUGCUAUAACUGGAGUUUUGAAUGAUAGCUUGGAGAAUGUGUCUCAUUCAGUUGUCUCAAAGGAAGAGAUGCAGAAGAAUUCAUUGAUUCAAGAAACCAGCUUGUCAAAAUUCAAAUCUGAAGUCCAAAGCUCGCAGGAACACCAUUUUUCUUUGUUGCAACAUGAGACUGAAAAACUCCGGCAUGAUAUCGAGAAGAUGCGCAGUGAAUUGAGGCAUGAAAUUGACAAGCUCAGUGCUGGUCAACGGUUGGAUCUGAAUCUUGAAAGAGGGCGGAUAAGGGAGGAGCUAGCAAACCAGAAUGCUGAAACCACUAACCUCACUAACAAACUUGAUGGCGAAAUUCAUGGUUUGAGGGCCCAAUUGGAAGCAGGAAAAUAUGAAGUGAUAAAGUAUUGCCUGGGUACUCUUGUUUCCAUCUCUGCUGUUGGUCUUGCCGCAGUCCGCAUCUUGAUGUAAACAUUUAUAACUCAAAGCAGUUGCUGCAUAACAAGAAGGGGGCAAGUAAUAGCUUGUUUUUUGAAAGCUAUUAUUUGCAUGAAAAACAUGAAACAAAGUUCAAUUAACAAUUCAAGUUUUUUUCCUUGUUUGUAUCUGUAUAAUAAAAACAAGAACAAAGCUUUCGUUA